AUGCAUAGAGACGGUACCAAGAAAACUGACUAUUCAAUACCAUUGCAAAAACCAGGACGAGCACAGCCAGGCCGGAAAGUGGGAAAUGCUACAGUACCACAUCCGCGGAUAAAACCUAACAUCCAAGGUUCGCAACCUGAAGGACGAAAUCCGGAAUAUCUCAGAGCCCGAGCCAAACAUUACGCGACACCCACAUGGGCUGAAGAGGAUAUUCCAGAGGACGGUGUUCGACUAUCGGCACUUCCCUCCACAGAUUUAGAGGAAGAUAGAGUUUAUCUUGUCAGAUGCCUCAACACAGGACAACUAGAGGCACUCGAACUAUACAAUGAUGGCAAAGAAAACGUUGACAUCCACCGAGCCGAAACUACGGAAACCCUCGUAACCAACACACCGAUACCUAGGAAAGAACCUAUUGGAAAACAAACCAAACACACAAAUUCACAGAAAUUAGCGGAAGAAGCUUCAAAAGGGAAACCCGAAUUAUCCUUUGAAGAAAUAGUUCCCAAAGAAUAUUGGGAUUAUAGAAAAGUUUUCGAAGGAUGA